GCCAGCAGAAACAUUAAGUUUAGCCUUCAUGAACUGCGCCAUCAUCCCGUUCAGCCAACGACGAGGAAGGUGCUCGUGGCUACAAGUCAUUCGGCUACUAGGAUGUAUGAUCUGCUGGAAAACUUCCUUGUUGCUGCUCAUAUGUUGUUGUUCCUUCCGCAUGUCAACAGCAUUCCUCUGCGGGACGAUCAGCGGAGGUUCUUGUGAUAAACAGCUGGUUGUAGCUACAGCGAUGGAAGCAGCAGCGACGAGGGGCUCCAGCAGCAUCAGCGUCCAGAUCAAGCACAGCACGAGGAACCCUGUCGAUGUAUAUCAGCUUUCUGGCUGCGGCAGCACCUUUUACGCCAGCGGGUACGACCAGAACGGGAACAAGGACGGCUUGGUCUUGAUGCAGACGAUAUCCGGCGUGCUGGACGAUGGCCGAGAAGUGAUCGGGGUGGUCAAGCCUGGGAAGUACCCCGGGGGCGGCUCGGUGCUCGUCGAGGAACGCCACCUCGUAGACAAGCCCCCGUGCCUGGGCUGGGACAAGGCUGCGAUGCUGCCCUUCCUGGCGAUAAGUUGUCUGUGGCCCUUGUCGGAGGCGGGGUUCGGCGACUCCAUGGAUGCUGGACAGACGUUCGUCGUGACGGGAGGCCAUGGCAGCCUGGCUCCUUUCGUUGUCGCCGUCCUGAAGGCGUGGGGGGGGCGGGUGGCUCUGGCGACGACCAAAAGCGAAGCGUAAGGGAGCGUUGUUGCGUGAUGGGGAUCUUCUAUCGUUGCCAUGUGUCGCUAAGUAGCUGCCCGCGGCCUUUCAGGUAGCUGCUAGUGGGACCGGACCCGCGCAAGGACCUCAAACCAAGCAGCUUGUGCGCUAUUCUCCAUCCCACACCUGCGCACGGAGGUGCCACUACUACGGUAUACGCGAAGAGUACUUACACCUCGGUACAUGCGCGAGACAGACAGAACCCGAAUUCCGCUGCUACUCUUGAAUGGCCCACCAAACGCCUUGACCCCACGCACAACAGCUACUCUCAGAGCAUAGCGCAGUCCAGCCUGAAAACGGUAGUCGAAACGGUGCUCCACGAAAACUUCUUGCGCCCUGGCCAGCGAGCGGCACAGCAACCAAUCGCCCCACAUUUUGGAGGCGUUCAAGCCACGCGCGAGGCAAAAAUGAGCCGUGGCGGCGGCGGCUAGUGAACUUUCUCAAGUCCCACAACCAAGGGACGGCGAAACAGCCCCCCUUCCUCCAUCAGAUGCUUAUCACCAUCACCGCCGUUGUGCUCCUAGACGACCGUUUGUGAAGCGUUGGCGGGUGCGUGCACUACAGGAGUAGAUCGAGAUCACGGGCAUGACCAAAGCGCUCAUUUUGUAGUUUUAUACGCC